AUGGCUUUGGACGAGACAGACUUGAUGCUCCUCCCUACUUCGUCAUGCAAUCGUCUGAAACGAAAAAGAAGGAAUAUUCAUAGAUGGAGAAAAGUUAAGAGAUAUGGUUGCAAUGGUUUCAGAAUUAAUACUUUGAUCAAAAGUGGGAUGACAGGAAAAAUGUUGAUAAAGCAGGUUCCCUUAACACUUGUAAUAAUUGGGCCAACCACAUUUUUACAAGCAGCUGCAAUGUUUGGUGGUGAAACUUUAUGUCUUUUAGCUUUUAAAGUGGUUUGCGUUUUGUCACGAAACUCACAGGAAAAUGUUCUUACCAAAGGGAAUAGGUAUUUCGACCCGAUUAUACUUCUUCCUGCUGCAAUUUUAGAUUUGACCAGUACUGCAGUUAUGUACUUUGGCCUUGCCUUUACCUAUCCAAGGAGCUUAAAAAUGUACCGAGGCACUGCAGUUCUUUUUAUCGGUGUGCUCUCUACUGUAUUUCUACACAAGCAUAUACAAUUAAAAGAAUGGUAUGAAAUGGCAAAUAUAAUGAUGGGAUUUCUGACUGUUGGAGUGACAGAUGUAAUUUUUGCUUCGUCCAAAGACGACAAGGGGCAGAACAGUUUGCUUACCGGUGAUAUGCUUAUUAUAAUUAGCCUAGUGAUCCCAUCAUGUCAGAUGGUUUAUGAAGAGAAAUUUAUUUCCAAUUUUGACAUACCACCGAUGCAAGCAGUGGGCUGGGAAGGCAUUUUUGGUUUCUCUAUGUCGUCACUACUACUUUUAGUUUUCUAUUGGGUGCCAGCUAUACCUCACUUUGGCCAUGGGCCCAAUGGAACUAUAGGAGACGCCAUUGAUGGACUGGUUCAAAUUUGUAAUAAUCAUUUGUUGAUGUGGGCUGUAUUGGGCUCGGUUAUCUCUGUAGCAUUGUUCACCUUUGCUGGAAUCAGUAUAACCAAGAAUGUUUCGGCCACACAUCGAAUGGUUUUAGAUUCGAUUAGAAUAAUUGUGAUUUGGAUCGUGUCGGUUUCAGUGAAAUGGCAAGAGUUUUAUUGGUUACACAUUGUUGGCUUUGCCGUUAUAGUAAUUGGCAUGUGCAAAUAUAAUGGACUACUGACAUGUAUCGACGGAACAUAUGACGAUGACGAUGAUGACGAUUUAGGUGAUUUAAACAUUUAG